UUUUGACAGUUAACAAUCGUUCUACGGGAUUGGGAUUUUCUCUAUCUGGGGUUUUUCAAUUUCGCUUGCGGAAUUUUGCAACAAAAAGUACAAUCUUGGUGAAUAAUCGUUCGAUUUCGCUGCUCCAUUUGUUCGUAGGAAGUGUAUUUACGACAUGAUUAUCUACACUAACACCGGUAACCCUUUCGGGUUGAAGCUGCUAAUUUGUGCAAAUUUGGCCAAAACCAACGUGGAGGUUAAGCAUGUUACGCUCGGUGACCCUGCCCUGGGAGAUAUGAAACAUCUGCCCAUCCUGCAAUUAAACAGUGGGGUGCAGCUGUUUUCCACGGACGUGGCGGCCAAAUAUCUGCUGCCAGGUGAUGAUGCAUCGAAGGUGGUACAGCGAGACGAGUGGCUUGAAUGGUCGUCGAAGCGGUUGGCACCGGCUUUAACCCACAACAUGGCUGUCGGUACAAGGGCCGACCCGAACACGAAACCAAUCCUGAACACGCUGGUAAAAAUGCUGGACGAUUGUCUCAGCAGUAGCACGUUUUUGACGGGCGAUAAAAUCAACAGUGCCGAUGUAGCCGUAUGGAGCCUGCUCGCUCCAGACGGUACGCUCAAGGGUGCGGUUAAUAUCGACAAUUUGCUGCGCUGGUAUCGUCAGAUUUCGGCCCUGCCCGAGGUUCAAUCAGCGCUGGCCGUACUACCGCUGAAGGAUCUAAGCUUUGCGUCGCUUCAGUACAGCAAUCGUUACGGUGGAUUGCAUCACAUCGUGCUCAAUCCGCAAAUUGCCGAUUUCGAAGGUGAGCUGCUUGCUGACACGUCCGCUAACAUUGCCGAAACGGUGCAGCGGGAAGAGAUAGAAGCGGCACGAGCAGCAUUUGGCGACGUGGACGAUCGUGCGGUUCGCGAUGAACCGAGAAUUGUACUGCCAAAGCCGGGUCAGAAAAACAAUCUCAUCACCUCUGCUCUACCGUACGUGAACAACGUUCCGCAUUUGGGAAACAUUGUCGGAUGUGUUCUUUCGGCUGAUAUCUUCGCCCGCUACUCACGACUCUGCGGCUACAACACGCUUUACAUCGGUGGUACGGAUGAGUACGGUACGGCAACGGAAACAAAAGCGCUUGCCGAAAAUCUCACCCCGAGACAGAUUUGUGAUAAGUAUUUCGAUAUUCACAACUCGAUCUACAGAUGGUUUGGAAUCGGGUUCGAUUACUUCGGACGUACGACCACCGCCGAGCAGACGCGUAUCGUGCAGGAAAUAUUCAAGGAACUGUACGCCACCGGAUACAUCGAAACACGAUCGGUGGAACAAUUGCUCUGCCAGCGGUGUGAUCGAUAUCUGGCGGAUCGAUUCGUGGAAGGAACCUGUCCCCAUCCUGGCUGUGGGUAUGAAGAUGCACGCGGCGACCAGUGCGAUGGGUGUGGCAAGCUGGUAAACGCGAUAGAACUGCUCCGACCGCGCUGUAAGAUGUGCAACUCUUCGCCCGUUAUUCGCGAUUCGAGCCAAUUUUUCCUCGAUCUCCCGAAGAUCGAACCAGCGCUGCGGGAAUGGGUGGACCGAUCCGAGUCCGGAUGGACACACAAUGCGCGGGUGAUAACGCGGGCCUGGUUGAAGGAAGGGCUGAAAUCUCGCUGCAUUACGCGCGAUCUUAAAUGGGGCAUUCCGGUCCCGCUCGAGGGAUACGAAAACAAGGUGUUCUACGUGUGGUUCGAUGCCCCAAUCGGAUACAUUUCCAUCACUAGUCGCUACUGCAAGGAAUGGAAACAGUGGUGGCAACCGGACACGACCAACACCGGUGUGAAGGUCGAUCUGUAUCAGUUUAUGGCGAAGGACAACGUGCCGUUCCAUUCGGUUAUGUUUCCGGCAUCGUUGCUGGCAGCAGACAAAGGAUACACCCUCGUGUCGCACAUCAUGGCCACGGAGUAUCUCAACUACGAGGAUGGGAAAUUUAGCAAGAGUCGCGGUAUAGGCGUGUUCGGUAACGAUGCACAAGAUACGGGCAUUCCGGCUGAUGUGUGGCGCUUCUAUCUCGGUGCUGCACGGCCCGAGGGCCAAGAUUCGUCCUUUAGCUGGAGCGAUCUACAGGCACGCAACAACAGCGAGCUGCUCAAGAAUUUGGGCAACUUUUUCAAUCGUGCGCUGGUGUUCUGUGAGAAAUUCUUCGACUCCACCAUACCGACGAUGACCCUGCUCGAAGAGGACUAUACACUGCUGGCGCUAAUAAAUCGCGAGCUGAAGGGAUACGUCAACCAGAUGGAGAAGGCUCGCAUGCGUGACGGCAUCCGGCAUCUGCUGCAAAUUUCUCGCUACGGCAAUCAGUUGAUGCAGUCCGAGGAACCGUGGGUUAAGGUGAAGGGAACGGAUGAUCAGAAGGCCCGUGCCGGCACGGUCAUUGCCCUGUGCUGCAACUUUGCCUGUUUGCUGGCUACGCUUAUAUUUCCUUUCAUGCCUACGACGGCUAGAAAUAUGUACAGUCAGCUUAAUGUUCGUGGUGGAUUCAUUAACUCCGACAAACCGCUUAUUCGAACUCUUCUACCGACCGGUCAUCGGAUCGGUAAGCCGGCCGUACUGUUCACCAAGAUCGAGGAUGCCCGUAUCGAGGAACUGAAGCAGAAGUAUGCUGGACAGCAACCGCAGCAACAAACGGGUAAAACUCCCGUGCCCGUAAGUCCAGCAUCAUCGGCACCUAGUUUUACCUCGCUGAAAGACGCCCAAAAAGCGGUCGACGAACAGGCAGCCAAAGUGCGCAAGAUCAAAUCGAGUGGCGCCGAACGUUCUGUGUGGCAACCGGAAGUGGACAUUCUGCUCGGGCUCAAGAAGCAAUUACAAUCCCUAAGUCAACCACGUACAUCGGAAAGUGCUUCGGUAGCUCCGGGAGAAAAGAAAUCCCCAAAAGCUGCUGCAAACAAUGUUUCGAAACAAACGGCGACCAAGGCCGCUACACCCGGAACGGCGCCCGUUUCAGCAGAUGUAAAAGCAUUAGAAGAAGAAAUUGCACAGCAAGGUAGUAAGGUACGUAAGUUGAAAGAAUCCAACUCGGAUAAAUCCAUCUGGCAACCGGAGGUAUCGUUGCUGCUGUCGCUAAAGCAAAAACUGGCCACUCUCACCGGCAUACCUGUGGCUGCUCCUGCCGCAAGUGGAAAAAAGAAGGGCAAUAAGAAGUGAAUUGCUGCUAUUCUGCUAUCGUACCCUUAUGGGCCCACGUGAGCCAGUUCGUUUUCAUUUCAUUAAGAUUAAAGCUGGCUAAAUACUGCGAGACGUACAGUUUUCAUUGAUUAUUACUAUUGGCAAUAAACGUUAUUUAAUAACAAAGAUA